GCGACGACGACCUGUGCAGACUCGCGACACGACUCGCUCUCACUCUUAAAGCUUCACUGACCGCUGCCGACCCAGAGUCUCGCCUCGACGCUGUCCUCGGAACCCUCACCCACGUUCAUUCUUACGUUUUCCACGCUAGAGCCUAUCUCGUCACUCCUUCUUGGGAAUUAUUGCGAGAUCAACAGCCCUAAUUCUGUUCCGAAAUCGACACACAUCCCACACUCGCGCUCAAUAUGCUGGCAUCUCUUCGCGUCACCCUGCUCGCCGUAGUUGCGGCAGGCAUGGCCUUGGCCAUGCCCAUCACACCAACUCAAGCAGACGCAGUCUCGACAUCGUCUUCGCAAGUCAGCUGCAAGCCCCUCGCAGCAGGCCAAUGGACUCUUCGCCUGGAGCGUCAACAGCUGCAAGGACUCUGGUUGAGCCCCAUGAAGCAGAACGGAGCCAGGCUCGCUGCCGUGAUUAGAGUUGGAAAGGAUGGCCAGAAAUUGACUUUCAGCUCUUGCGAGAGCAAGUACAUGGGCUUGCAGAACUCAAAGUCCGCAGAGGGCGACUUUUACGGUCAGCUGAAGACCGAGCGCGGCACCUGCCUGACGCGCACAAAGUCCACCACAGAGAACGCCGCUCAGUGGAACUUUGUUGCCAAGCCUUGCCCUGUCUCCGACGAUGCCGAGAUUGAGAACACAUUCUGGCGCUUGACCAAGAGCGCCAAGAACGGACUGACCUACGACAACACCAACUAUGUCAUUUCUCCAGCCUCCAAGAGCAACGGCAAGAAGAAGUUCGGUUUCAACUUCCGCGCAAAGACUGGUGUUCUUUUUGCUGGAGAGCCCAAGCCCGAGACCAGCGAUCUGAUUCUCUACAAGUCUCAGAACCUCUGAUGGACUCGAGCUGCAUAGCUAUACGCUAUUUGCUUUGCCGGCACCUGUACUCACGCAGCUUUGACUGCGCCCUCUUUGCAC